AUGCCGCCCAUAGAUGCUGUUGAUACACACGAUGGCCACCUCUCUCAUGGGAUCUGCAUGUCUUCAUAUCCCGGUGGGAUGGUCAGCGAGCCGCGCAAGGCACGUAAGAAGCUGCAGGUGAUUGUUUGGGUACUCUUCGUGGAGCUUUUUGAGAGGUUCACCUUCUUUGGGAUUGUUUGCAAUAUGAUCCUUUUCUGCACCAUCAAGCUGGGAUACAGCAGUUACCAAGCAGUCAUGGUGAACACAUGCUUUGUAGGAGCCAGCGUACUUACACCGGUUCUUGUAGGAUGGUUUGCUGAGACGUGUUUGGGAAGGACAACAGUUCUCUGUUUUUGUGUGCUACUUCAUUUUUUCGGAACUGCCUUGCUUCCAGUGGUCGCAUUCCCUUUUGAGGAUUUCUAUAUAAACACACAUAAUAUCGUGCAUCGACUUGAGCCUCACGAGCAACACAUACUAUUCUACACGGGGCUUGUUGCUGUAGCUCUUGGCAUUGGCGGCAUCCGUGCCAUCCUCUGCCCAAUGGCAGCCUAUCACCUUCAAGGCUGUGAUCAACGCCAUCUCAUGUCCUUCUUCAACUGGUUUUACUGGCUGGUCAACCUGAACUCAACAGUUGUUUUUUGGAGGAUUGCCUACAUUCAGCAGUCAGUUGCCAAAAACCUGUGUUUUCUCAUCCCUUUCACCUCUGUUCUCAUCGCCAUUCACAUGGUGCGCAACAAGCUGACUUUCCGUCCAAAAAAAGAUAAAUUCUCUUAA